AUGAACAAUGGGUCGAAUUUUGUGCACGUCCUCAGUCGCCAUUGUGAGGUCCAUCAGAUGAUUGGGAACUACAUGUGGGACCCCACCACCAACAAGUCAUUUGACAUUGGUGUCAACAAAGACAGCCUGAUGCCUCUCUGGUGGAAUGGAUCAGAACCUCUGUGGGUCACUCUGACCAAGGCCAAAAGGAAGGUCUACAUGUACUACUGGCCAGGCUGUGAGGUUGAGAUUCUUGGGGUCAGACCUACUUACUGCCUAGAAUAUAAAAACGUCCCAACGGAUAUCAAUUUUGCCAAUGCAGUCAGCGAUGCUCUUGACUCCCUCAAGAGUGGCCGGGCAGACGUGGCAGCCAUAUACCAUGAGCGCAUCGAUGUGGAAGGCCACCACUAUGGCCCUUCGUCGCCUCAGCGGAAAGACGCCCUGAAAGCCGUGGACACCGUCCUGAAGUACAUGACCAAGUGGAUCCAGGAGCGGGAGCUGCAGGACCACCUCAAUGUCAUCAUCUUCUCAGAUCAUGGAAUGACUGACAUUUUCUGGAUGGACAAAGUGAUUGAGCUGAAUAAGUACAUCAGCCUGAACGACCUGCAGCAAGUGAAGGACCGAGGACCUGUCGUGAGCCUCUGGCCAGCCCCUGGGAAACACUCUGAGAUAUAUAACAAACUGAGAACAGUGGAACACAUGACCAUCUACGAGAAAGAAGCCAUACCAAGCAGGUUCUAUUACAAGAAAGGGAAAUUUGUCUCUCCUUUGACCCUAGUGGCUGAUGAAGGAUGGUUCAUAACUGAGAAUCAAGAGACACUUCCUUUUUGGAUGAACAGCACCGGCAAGAGGGAAGGUUGGCAGCACGGUUGGCACGGCUAUGACAACGAGCUCAUGGACAUGAGGGGCAUCUUCCUGGCCUUCGGACCCGAUUUCAAAUCCAACUUCAGAGCUGCUCCAAUCAGGUCCGUGGAUGUCUACAAUGUCAUGUGCAACGUGACAAGCAUCGCUCCCCUGCCCAACAAUGGCUCCUGGUCCAGGGUGAUGUGUAUGCUGAAGGACCAGGACAGCUCGGCUCCGUGCAUCCGACCGAGCAGCUGUGUUCUGGUCUUGAUUCUCCUCCUACUGUUUGCAUAGAUGUUGCUAUUGUUGUCCCCAAACACUCAGCCAAAUGUGCCUCCAUGGUGGGAUGGUUUUCAUUUUCUAUUCGAAUAAUAGCUUCAUUAAUACAAUCAAGGCCACAAAAAUUGUAAAUAUAAUUCUUGGAUGAUUCCAUACAGAAAAAAAAAAUUUUAAUUUCCUUAAAAAAAAAAAACAUUUUAAACUUCUUUAAAAAAAAACAAACACCAAAAACCCCAAGCUUUAUUUCUUCUGGAGGUAAGGAAAACCCUAGCUUUUCAUUGGUUCAACUAUAUGUCAUUUUCUGCAUUGUUUGCGUGCAGUUACUCAGAUGAACUGUCUGAGUAAGAGCUCACCCCUGGGGCAAACAGACUUUGAGUGGAUAUUGCAUGGAGUCUUGGGCCCCUCUGUGUCCUGCCUUGCACAAAGCAGGCCCUUGUCUGUGUCCGGUCCACACCCAGGAGCCAUCCUUGGGGUUUAUGGCCACAAUCUUGUACUGCUCCUUCCAUCCCAGAAAAAAGAAGUCCACGUAAAAGCAAUAGCUGUCUUCUGUUUUGGGGCUCAUGGAGUCUUUUUCAUUUUAUACCAAGCCCCAGAAAGGUCGUAUCUUAGCUUGGCUCACCAAUCAAAAGUACCAAGGAUUGAAGAACUCAUAGAACAAGGUGAAAGAUGUGGGUGCCCUCCCGAACUCUUGAGUGCACAAAAAUGUCUCCCUUGCCUUGAGGAGCAGAAAAGCUUGCGGCAGACCCAGGCUUCUGUGAGACUUAGCACAGUCUGUCACAACAUGGAAGCUUGCACAUGGUGGACCCUAUAUGUGUGGGUGGACUAAUGGAUUCCCCGCCACGCUUUGGAUCCCCAGACAGAGUAUAGGCUAUAGCAAUACCUGACAUAUCAUUACAGGCUGAUACAUCUUGCUGAUGACUUGUGGACAUGUUUGCAGAAAUCUCAGUUCACUGCUUGGAAUGGUAGCACAUUAAGUUCUAUGCACCAGUAGUCUUGGAGCAAGGCUUGUGGAAUAACACCAGCAGAGUGUAUCCUGAGGGACCCAGAAGCCCAAGGAAAAUGGUGGGGGUGGGGGUGGGGUGGGGAAUGGAGAGAACAUGAUGGAACUGAAUCCCGAACCAAUUAGCCAUUUGAUUAGGAAACGGUUUGGUCAAAGUGCCACCUCAGGGACCUAAGUUGUUUGGAAGCCCCUACGAAGAGCCGCUGAGCCCGAGCUGAAAUGUUUUCAGUUUAGUCAUCUAGAUUUGCUGUAGGAAAUCUUGUUGUGAAACAAAACAUAACUGCAUGUUUAAAUGAUCAGAGUCACACAGACAUAUCAUUGCGUUAACAGUGAGUUUGCACUGAAUGGGGCACAUCUGUAAAAGAGACUUUCUGUCAGGAAGAGAUAGCACAUCAGGUCUCCAAAGGAUGAUGAAGCCCUUUUAUAGCGUUUGCCUUGAGAAAUGAGCAUCAACACUCACCCCGAUUCAAGAGGGUUGGGAACAUCUCCAUGCCUUGAAUCAUGAGAGCAAAAGAUCACCACUUAAAAAAUACGUAUACCAAAUCUGUCAUCACAAAAGAUUUCUAAGGAUUCAUGUAAUGUGUUUUAAAAGUGCCAGCAAGCCAUCGAAUCAAUUAGAAGAAGGCAAAUCGGCCUUUGCUAUUUGGCUGAAAGCAAACUGGUGCUCUCAGAACAUUGGGCAGUGGCUGUUGAAACAGGCAUCCGUUGUUCAAAGUGUCCUUUGUCCGGAAAGGACAGUGUGGAGCUCACCUUCUUUCCUAAAAUAAUGCAUACGUUUUAGUGGCUUAAUUAUUUGGCUAGAAUUUUUUUCCCUUUGAUUUUUAUUUUAAAGUUACAUUAUUUUCCCCAGGAAAUUUUUCUCUAAAUGUGUUCUAUUCCUUUGGAGUAAAAUCUCGUACAUAUAGACACCUUUUCUCCUGGAUUAUGUUGCUACUUCACUGCUAAUUCCAGGGGGAAGAUAAUUGGAUUGACCUGCAAAUACUGAAGAUAAACCAAACAAAUGAUCCUUACAUUAAAGAUGAGAUGAAUGGCUACUUUCCCUGCCCAAUGUCUAAUCUCCAGAGCCCAAUUCAAUUAAGUUCUGAAGACCUAAGCAUAAAUUAGAACAGGCCCAGGGACUUCUUUCUAGCCUUGAAGAGUCCUGAUUAUAGAGCCCCAACUCUACUUUUAAAGAGAACUUGGAAAUCCACAUCAAUCUGAGUUCAGUCACUGACGGCCAUUUGCAAACUUCCUGGGAUUGUAAGCAUCAUCUGGCCUGCUUCCAGAGAUGUAGGUUUGGAGGAUCUGGGUGGGACCUCAGACAGCACUUGUAGGUUUGGGUUUGCUCUAUGGAGAGAAAGGUUCUGGUUAGACCUUGGUAGACCUGGGUCUUCUGACAGCAAUUUCAUAAUCCUCCAGUUUCUCCAGAGGCCAUUGGACUGGUAUCGACUACUGGUCCCAGCUGGGUCAAGCUUCCAGCCCUCUCUAAACCAAAGCAGAUUCGCAAGCCUCAGGGAUGGAGAGAGGCACCGAGAGGGGCAUUAUUUUAGGAAAAAGUGUUUUCUCCAUUUAGUGUCUGAAUUUUCUUUAUUAUUUACCAAUAUUCAUGAUUCCAAAAGUAUCUUACUCUCAUUCACCUAUUUAAGAUUAUUUAUUAGCUACACUCUGUCUAUACUCCGUUCCCGUGAGUCUAGGAUUCCCAAGAGCGCUAUCAAACAAACUCAUUGUUGAAGACAUAGGCCUAUUUUAUGGAUUUUCUAAAAAAAAGGUUUUUUUUGCAUUUCUGUAAAUAUCAAAGGACUUCCAAAUGUGAUUGUGUGUUUAAUCUUUUUAAACAAUUUUUGAUAGACCAAAGUCAGCUCUUGUAAACUACUUGCUAGAAGGAAGGGAGGUGGUAGUCUUGGUAGACUGGUUCUAAAACAUGUGAAACUUGGUCUCAGGUGUAUGCUAUGAAAAAUAGACUUGUGUGUGUUGCUUGGAAAUCAUAAGAUAGCACCUAGUACAGUGCUUCAAAUGUUUAAUAAAUGUUCCAUAAAUAUGUGCUGAAUAAAAAAAUAAAUCUCAUAAAGGAGAUCUGCUUACACUUCAGAUAUUCUCUUUGUCUAUAGUUCCACAAAUUAAAAGAAUGAUUCAUUUUUGA